UCGACGAAAACAAAAUAAACAGCGGAACUGAGCGAAUCCUCUCUUUUAAUCGAUCUAUCAAUGAACAAUCUAAAUAUUUACUCAAUGUGAGAGUAUAAAUUAACUCGAAACUCGACAUCGUUAGUCAUUCCAUGCAAAGUCCCACAAAACACCGAACAGAAAAUUCAAAAUUUUUAAAAACAAAACGAAAAUGUCUACAAUCAUACGACAAAUAAUUAGCACCGACAAUGCUGCAAAGCCUAUAGCACCGUUCAAUGUUUGUUUUAGUCAAGCGAUCGUCGUGAAUCAAACCGUUUAUUUAUCCGGAUGUAUUGGAAUAAAUAAGGAAACAUCGAAACUGGUUGACGGUGGAGUUGUACCAGAGACGAUAAAGACAUUGGAAAAUAUGAAAGGGAUUCUAGAGGCUGCUGGAUCUGGUAUUGACAAAGUGGUUAAGGUAACCAUUUUUGUCGAUGAUAUGAAUGAUUUUGCGAAAGUAAACGAGGAGUACAUGAAGGUGUUCACAACUAACUUCCCAGCCCGAUCGUGCGUACAAAUGGCCAAACUACCGAUGAAUGCCAAAGUUGAGAUUGAAGUAAUUGCCCUGGUAGGAUAGAAACUUUCAGUCCACAUUUUCGUUUAGACUAAAUCAAACUAACUAACUAAUUAAGUCGAAACAAAAAUCUGAUUCACGA